UGGUAGCUAGGUUUGAAGAUACAGACUUCUUUCUGCAGAGUUUAUUUUGAAAGUCUUGAACAUGGUUUUGCGUUUACGAAGAUGACAGUACUGUUGCUACUUUCAGUGCAGUGAUGUCUGCGUUGCUUUGCCUCGUAGCAGGAGCACUUUGCUUUUAUGUGAUAGUGUAUUACGGUGUAUUCAGAGGCGCGAGGUGCUCCAGUUCAGCGAAGCUCAAUGGGAAGACGGCCAUUGUUACAGGAAGCAACACUGGCAUCGGCAAGGCCACGGCUCUGGACCUGGCAAAAAGAGGAGCCAGGGUGAUCCUCGCCUGCCGCAACAAGGACAAAGCUGAGGCUGCUGCUGUCGACAUCCGUACGGAGAGUGGAAACAACCAGGUGGUGUUCAUGCAGUUGGAUCUCGCCAGUUUCAAGUCUGUUCGCAGCUUUGCUGAAACCUUCCUGAAGACUGAGCCCAGACUGGACAUCCUCAUCAACAACGCAGGUGUGAUGGGUCCUGGACAUACUGAGGAUGGUUUCGGCAUGGCGUUUGGGGUUAACCACCUGGGUCACUUCCUGCUCACCAACCUUCUCCUUGAGCAGCUGCAGCAGUGUGGUCCCAGCCGCGUGGUCACCGUGUCUGCACUUCUGCACCGCUUUGGCAGGGCGGACUUCCCUCUGUUGGCUUCCAAAAACAACUCGGUGUCUUCUCAGUCUACCUGGCACAACUUUCAAGCCUACUGCGACAGCAAGCUGUGUAAUGUGCUCUUCACCCGGGAGCUGGCCAACAGGCUGGAGGGCACCGGUGUCACCUGCUACAGCCUCCACCCAGGAGUGGUCACCACAGAGCUGGGUCGCAGCAUGAAACUCUGGCAGCAGCUCCUCCUGAUGCCCUUGGCCAAGCUCUUCUUCCUGGAUCCAGAGGGGGGGUCCCAGACCACCCUGCACUGUGCCCUGCAGGAGGGCCUCGAGCCGCUAAGCGGACGCUACUUCUCCAACUGUACACUGCAACAAGUGGGAGCCAAGGGGCGGGAUGACGGCCUGGCUAAGAAGCUGUGGGAAGUGAGUGAGAGGUUAACCCGUUUGACGUAACAGACUAAAUCCUAAUCCAGAGAGAUGGCUCUGUGCCUUAUCAGAGACCUCUACAGGCCUCCAGUGUCAGUGUCUUAUUGAUGGGCUCGUUCAGUUUGCAUAAUUCAGUUGAAAUUCACAUUUUUUUUAAGUGCUUGAAAGAGCACCACAUUCAAUUAAAAUAUGUUUUGUCAGUCUAUAGCUGUUUACUAGCAAAGACAACAAGGCAGCAAAACAUUUUUUCAUGUUAUAGUUUAAAGCUGAGUAAUGCACGUAAUCUUUCCACCGUAGGAACAAUGUUUUAAUACGAGCCACAAGAUAACUCUGCAUGUGCUCCGGUACCUAAACAAAUAGUUAUACACACGUUGUCUCGGGCUGGUAUCCUAUGAUGCAUAUAUCUGCUAGUAAACCUCAAGCAGUGCAAUGUGUUACUAUUUCUGUUAUCUGAUAACCUUACAUAUGUGCCUGUUUAUUAAAUAACCACAAAGAUGU